AAGCGGAAGGCCGGACGUGGCGCUGAGGGAAAAGUGGCGGCUGCACCCCGCUUCCGUCGGGGAGCCUCCUCCAGACACCGGCAUGGGCUCCAAGGCCAAGAGGCGCGUGGCGCUGCCCACCCGCCCGGCGCCCCCCACGGUGGAGCAGAUCCUGGAGGACGUGCGCGUCGCGCCGGCCGACGACCCGGUGUUCACGGCAGGCGCCCCCCGGCCGACCGAGGACCCCGAGGCCCCGCGGGAGCAGCUGUACCUGCAGAGCCGAGCCUCCGUGGCGGCCAACGCGCGCCUGCGGCAGGCGGGCGAGGCGCUGGGGCUGCGGUGCCAGGGCCUGCGGCGCGCGGGGCAGCGGCUGGAGCGAGACAUGGGCCAGGUGGCACGGGCCACGCUGCCCGGCGGCCCCGCCGCCUCCUCCGGCUGAGC